CCUCCCCUUUUCUCAGCCCCAGCAAAACAUAAAGCUGUACUAUUUUUGGUUACUAGGAGAGGGCCUCCCUUUCAAAGCCGCAAGCUGUGCAUUUUCUAAAUGGCACCACUUUGCAUUUGUCCGCUGUGUGCUUGAUGUUUACAUGGAACUGCAUGUAUUCUCCCAUUUGCUUCGGUACUGACAAACAGUAGGAAAUUCCCCUCUGUAGUCUUCUUGCUGCACACUGCACAAGUCAUAGCUCAGCGGUAAGCAGCAGAGGCUCAGAAGAAGAGGCAACAAUCCAGGGAGGGAGACAGAAAGCCUCGGACUGGCCGGACAAUAGACAAGGACAGCUGAAUAGAGAUUAAAAGAAAAGACCCUUUUCAUGGUUUGGGAAAUCCUUUGGUCUAGCUGGAAUCAUAGAAGAUCCAGAGGAUGGGGAAUGGCAGCAGAUCCUCUGCACGGAUUUCUUUUCUCAUCAGCAUUUCAUUUGUGCUUCUGCUGAUCAACUGGAGCGAGGGCAGGAAACCUAAGUCGAAAUGCCCUAUCUGGUGUACCUGUACCAAAGACAAUGCUUUAUGUGAAAAUGCCAAAACUAUUCCUCGCACCUUCCUUCCCGACGUUAUUUCACUAUCCUUUGUGAGAUCUGAAUUUACAGAGAUUCCAGAGGGGAGUUUUUUACACAUACCAUCCCUACAGCUCCUACUGUUCACUUCAAACGCUUUUGAUGCUAUUAGUGAUGAUGCUUUUACUGGUCUCCCUCACCUAGAGUACUUGUUCAUAGAGAAUAACAAAAUAAAGUCUAUUUCAAGAAAUGCUUUCCGGGGUCUGAAAUCACUAAUUCACUUGAGCCUGGCAAAUAACAACCUUCAGUCCCUUCCCAAAGAUGUUUUCAAAGGCCUGGAUUCCCUUACCAAUGUAGACCUAAGAGGCAACGCAUUCCACUGUGACUGCAAGCUGAAAUGGUUAGUGGAAUGGCUGGAUAAAACCAACGCAACAGUUGAACAGAUUCACUGCGAAAGCCCUCCCGAGUAUAAAGGAAGAAAAAUCAACAGCUUAACGGCCAAGGAUUUUGACUGUAUAACCACAGAAUUUGCUGCAUAUAAAUCGUUACCGUAUCAGUCUCUGUCAGUGGACACCUUCACCUACAUGAAUGAUGAGUAUGUUGUGAUCGCUCAGCCUUUUACUGGGAAAUGCAUGUUUCUGGAAUGGGACCACGUGGAGAUGUCAUUCAGGAACUAUGAUAAUAUCACAGGUACCUCAACGGUGGUCUGUAAGCCGAUCGUCAUUGAGAAACAGUUGUAUGUCAUUGUGGCGCAGUUAUUCGGUGGUUCUCAUAUUUACAAACGAGACAUUUUCGCCAACAAGUUCAUCAAGAUUCAAGACAUCGAAAUAUUGAAAAUCCGAAAACCCAAUGAUAUUGAGACUUUCCGAAUUGAAGAAAAUUGGUAUUUUGUGGUUGCCGACAGCUCUAAAGCCGGUUUUACUACCAUUUACAAAUGGAACGGGAAUGGAUUCUACUCCCACCAGUCUGUACACGCCUGGUAUCGGGACACCGAUGUCGAAUACCUCGAAUUGACCAACAAGCCCCAUUUAAUUCUGUCAAGUAGCUCCCAGCGGCCAAUCAUUUACCAGUGGAACAAGAAGUCCAAUGAAUUUGCAAAACACACAGAAAUCCCCGACACCGAAGAUGUCUAUGCUGUGAAACAUUUCACCGUUAAGGAUGAUGUAUAUCUUUGCCUAACAAGGUUUAUUGGGGAUUCCCGAGUCAUUAAAUGGGAAGGCGGUUCUGACUUCCGGGAGAUACAAAGGAUGCCAUCGCGAGGAUCCAUGGUUUUUCAACCCAUCGAAAUCAACAAUCAUAAAUACGCCAUCCUCGGUAGCGAUUAUUCCUUCACGCAAGUUUAUCACUGGGAUUCAGAAAAGGGAAUGUUUGUAAAGUUUCAAGAGUUGAAUAUUCAGGCCCCCAGGUCCUUCACACAUGUUUCCAUAGACAAGCGCGACUUCCUAUUUGCCUCAAGCUUUAAGGGAACCACUCAGAUAUAUGAACAUGUUAUAAUUGACUUGAGCGCAUGACCAUCCAGAUUCCAAUAGCGUGAUAACAGACUUUACAACAUGGACAUGACGGACUAAAUGCAUGAUAUAUCUUUCUCCUUAUCAUACUUCUGGUUGACUGACUUAAAAAGUCACGUUUGCUAGAAUAAAGCCUAUGCUCGUACCUUCAACAUUGAUUCAACAUGGCUAGCAGUAUCGGGAGUCCAUCUUUUUAAAACGUUCAUCAUUCACCAAUCUUUGCAUUAACAAGUUGUAAAUACUUGUGCAGUUGCCUACGCUCAUCUAAAGGGAGAAUUCGGUGUACUUUUCCAUUUAUUUAUUCACCUGUUUGAAAGAAAACUGCCAAAUAAAAUGUUUACAUUUUCUGUCUUUCUUGUUACGGAUAACGCUUCCUUGAGAUAGUUUUGUCCCAGUUUUCUACCUGUCUGUAAAUAUACCGAUGGAUGAGAAGUAAAAUGCUACAAUCUAAAAUCUCCAUAAAUGAGAUCAUUUUGUAACAUUAGGGGGCAGAUUUAACAAGGGUCGAAUAGUAAAUUCAAAUUCAAAAUGCACACAUUCAAAUUGUAAUCCCCCUAUUCGAAUGUGAGAUUUAUCACACCUCGACCAUGGAAACAGUGCUAAUUCGAAUAUUCGCCACCUAAAACCUGCUGAGUUCAUGUACAAGUCAAUGGCAGAGGUCCGUUGAGCCAUUUGGAGAUGUUAAUAAUCUUCUUGACAUUCACAGUUUUUUUUCAUACAAAAAAAUUAGAUUCAUACAAUACGUAUCGAAUGUGAUUCGAAUUUUGGGGUCAGAACCAUUCGAUCAAAUAUUAGACAUUAGAGUUUUUUCUUAAAUAACCUCUCAGUCGAAUUGUGAUUAUAUCCGAAUUAAAAAACAUUCUCAUGAAUUCGAAAUUCGACCUUUGAUAAAUGGGCCUCUAGAUGUGAAAACUAAUUUUCUUUCUUCUGUUUUUUUUAUGAUUUAGUCAGCUUUCUGUUUCAUCUCAUGAGUACAAAAUUGUGUUAUUUUCACUGCAAUUUGAUUGAUCUAUCUUUUUGUUUGCUAUCCUAUCACUUUGACUUACUAGUUCUAAUGUGAGGCUCUUGUUUAGAGUUUAAUCGAAAGGUCUAAGCGAAAUUAAACUAUUGAAAAGAAGCUUUGCUGUUAAAUAAAUAUUUUUCUUUUUAACCGGUAUAUGACCAUAUAUUUGCACGAUUCAGGAAGUAACCUUCCUGCAAGCAGAAAAAAAGGAGUAAUGGGAAAAUAAACUUGUUUGGUUGAUGAUA